AUGAACGAGAAGGCGAAUGUUUCUAAAGAGCUCAAUGCCAGGCACAAAAAGGUGUUCUUCAUCCCUUAUCUCGUUACAUUUCCUGUUCGUAGCGUUGCUGAAAGGAUUUGCUUCCUUGCUCUGGCCUCUGUGGAUCCAUUAUCGCAGUUUCUAUCUGAUCUGAGCUCAGAUGUCUGGUUUGGAAUAUCGCUCGCGGAUUUGUGA